UGUGUGAGCGUCCGCAUGGUGUGGACCAGGGACAGGACGAGGGACAGGCAGAGGGUGGUUCACUGGGACAUGUAUCGGGAUUAUCCGGAUUACGCCAUGGAGAGGGUGGUGGACAUGUUCUCGGCAGGAGACCAGAGGGUCUACAGCUACCAAAACCUGAACAGGGUCAGCCUCAACCCGACAUCCUUCAAGGAUGGAAACUUCUCACUCGUCAUUAAAGAUGUGUCAAUGAAGGACAGAGGUUUAUAUUCCUGUAACCUCCACCAUCUCUACUGCCACCUGUACGAGACGGUCAGAGUUCAGCUCAAUGUGACCAAAUCACGCCGCAAAGAGCAGCGCUUCUGGGAUGGACAAAAGGCGGUGUACGUGGUUCUGCUCGGAAGCACCGUGGUGCUGCCCUGCAUCAACAGACGAACCGUGUGGACGGACUGGAGCAACGAGGAGGAGGACCAGCAGGUUGUCCACUGGGACCGUCAGCAACCGGGAAUCCGCCAUGACCGCGCUGAUCGUCUGGUGGAUCUGUACGCCUCUGGGGAGCAGCGCAGCUACGGACCUCUGUUCCUCCAGAGGAAGAUGAACAUCAGCAAUCAAGCCUUCUCAGAGGGAGACUUCUCACUAACAAUAUCAGAUCUCCAGCCUCCAGACCAGGGCACAUACUCGUGUCACCUUCACCAUCAUUACUGUGGUCUACAUGAGAGGAGAGAGUUUCGGCUCGCAGUCGAGCCGCCGCUGAUUCAGAGCACCGAGCCCGACAAAGACACCGAAGCUGAGUCCACUCGCAUCAUCACCGUCAUCCUGCCCGACCAGAGGAACCACGUUCUCCUGCCACUGGGCUUCGUUCUCAUCGUCCUCCUGCUUCUGGCGUUCAUUACCCUCAUCAUCAUUCUCAUCACACGGCGACGUCGAGCCAAAGAUUUUUAUCCCAGAGCGUCCAUGAGGUCCAACAGAAGUGGCAGCAGCUCAGAGGAGUAUGAGACAGAUGUCAGGGAGGUGAAUGUGUGCAAUCAAGAGGAGCAAAGAUUUGACUACAAGAACAACCUGCUGAAGGAAAACGCCCAUGUGAACGCUCAGCCGAAGCUCAUUGAUCUUGACAAAGAGAUGCAGAAGUUUUCCAAGUGA